AGUGAUGUGUUACGGUAGUGGUGAGGUAUUACGGUAGUGGUGAGGUGUUACGGUAGUGGUGAGGUGUUACGGUAGUGGUGAGGUGUUACGGUAGUGGUGAGGUGUUACCGUUGUGGUGAGGUGUUACGGUAGUGGUGAGGUGCUACGGUAGUGGUGAGGUGUUACCGUUGUGGUGAGGUGUUACGGUAGUGGUGAGGUGUUACGGUAGUGGUGAGGUGUUACUAUAGUGGUGAGGUGUUACGGUAGUGGUGAGGUGUUACUAUAGUGGUGAGGUGUUACGGUUGUGGUGAGGUGUUACUAUAGUGGUGAGGUGUUACCGUUGUGGUGAGGUGUUACGGUAGUGGUGAGGUGUUACGGUAGUGGUGAGGUGUUACUAUAGUGGUGAGGUGUUACUAUAACAGAAGAAGCGUGCACUCAGACAGACAUGGACCACAAGCAACAGCAGGUGGAGUCCCCACGUGAAGUGCUACAAGCCCUUGCCAGGAAACACAACGUUGAUGUCCUCAGUCUGGAGUUUGCAAAGCUGAUGGAUUCUCAGGACCCUCUACGGAGCUUCAGAGACAGGUUCUGCUACCCGAAGAACGGAGCGCUGGCCACCGUUGAUCCCGACCUGGUGGACCCCAAGGAGGAAUGUGUGUACCUCUGCGGAAACUCCCUGGGUCUGAAGCCUCGUACAGCUGACACCUACAUGCAGGAACAGCUUGAUAAGUGGGCCAACACGGGUGCAGAGCUGCACUUUACGGAGCCGCUGCCGGCGGCACUGUGCGACCAGUAUGGACGAGAAGAGGUGGGUCGCCUGGUGGGAGCCGACCCCACCUCCGUUAUACUCAUGAACAGCCUCACAGUCAAUCUGAAUCUUUUGAUGCUUUCCUUCUACCAACCCACCCCAGAGCGCUACAAGAUCCUCAUCGAAGCUCAGGCCUUCCCUUCCGACAGAUAUGCAAUUUUCUCGCAAGUGGAGCUACGAGGUACAACCCAAGAUGCUGUGCUGGAGAUCAAGCCCAGACCUGGUGAACCACACACUGAGACUGCAGACAUUCUUCAGUAAAUGCUGAAGGAGGAGGGCAGUAGCAUCGCUGUGGUGUGCCUGGGGGGAGUACAGUACUACACUGGGCAGAAGUUCGACAUGGAGCCCAUAACGAAGGCGGCACAGGAGCAGGGCUGCCUCGUGGGGUGGGACCUGGCUCACGCCGUAGGCAAUGUUCCCCUUCACCUCGACCAAUGGGGAGUCGACUUCGCCUGCUGGUGCACCUACAAGUACCUGAACAGCGGGGCUGGAAGCAUAGGCGGAGCGUACGUAAACAAGCGUCACGACACCAGGGAGGCACCGCACCUGCGUGGCUGGUGGAGCAACAAGGAGACUACCAGGUUCUUCAUGUUUCAAGAGUGUGACGUCGCCCCUGGCGUCGACUCCUUCAGGAUGAGUAAUCCGUCCCCGAUGAUGGUAGCUCUUGUCAAGGCCAGUCUAGAGAUCUUCGAAGAAGCGAAGAUGGAGCGACUCUUGCAGAAGCAGUUCCUCCUGACGGGGUACCUGGAGCUGCUGAUUAAAACCUACCUCCGCAGCGGGCAGACGCAGUUUCCCGAGGUCACCAUCAUCACCCCAGACGAUGUGAGGCAGCGAGGCUCUCAGCUCUCUCUCUCCUUCUCUAUAAACCUCCAUGAAGUUCACGAGGAAAUCCAAAAACGGGGUGUAAUGUGUGACGUUCGGAGACCCAGCGUGAUGCGCAUCGCCCCAGUGCCUCUCUACAACUCCUUCUACGACGUCCAUCGCUUCAUCGACAUCCUGAAGGACGUAUUUGCUAUCUGCAAGAUCGUUGGAGCUUAAGACUCUUGCUGUGUGAUGCUCCAGUGUUCAGUGUUUGCAUGUAGUGUGAGAAGUCAAGUGAACCUCAUACAUAGGUACAUAAUAUUUCUUGUAUAGUCAACAGAUACUGGACCUAAAUCGUAAUUAUUGAAACAAAAUGUAGGGAUCUAAAUAUUUAAUUCGGUACUUUUCACUAAACAAACAGACUAGUCAGUAGGUGGGAAGAUCCAUACAAGCGAAAAUCCACUGACGUGAUAUUUACUGAAACAAAACGAACUUGGCCAUUUCCAAAGGAAAUUAGAAACAGGAUACAUUUACAAAACACACACUAAACAGUACUUCCCGGCACUGAGUUCAGGCAUUCAAACCACAACAGUCCAUACAUCCUCACAGUCACAAGUCUCUGGGACACCAUCAGAGCCACCUUGAGCUCCACCCUGUAAUUUUCCACACAUCUUUUCCAAUGCCCACUCAGAAUUUUUCAGGUGCCGCAUACUCUGAGCAUAUAUAUGAAAUUAUAUAUAUGAAAUUAGAGUUGUGCCAGAGAUGUGGAAGAUAGCUAAUGUGGUUCCUAUAUUCAAAUCAGGGGGUAAGUCUAUUCCAUCAAAUUACCAUCCAGUAAGCCUGACGUCUAUAGCAGGCAAACUGUUAAAAUCAGUUGUAGUUGAUAUUAUUAGAAGUCAAUUUGAACAACAUCAUUUGAUUAAUGAAUCUCAACAUGGGUUCACGAGAAGUCGUUCCUGCCUGACAAAUUUACUUACGUUCUUCAAUAGAACAUUUGAGGUAGUAGACAGUAAUAAAGAAUAUGAUAUUGCUUA